AUGAGGGGAAUGGCUACAAUGACUUUAGAUGGAAAUUUGAGCCUUCAAAUCAGCAAAGACCCUCAAAAACAUAGGGUCGUGACAGAGGAAAUCGACGGUCUAAUAAGAGUUUACAAUGACGGACAUGUGGAAAGAUUUCAAAUUGUUCCAUGUGUUACGUCUAUAUUGCCUCCGGAGUUUGGUGUAAACUCCGGAGACAUAGUCAUUGACAAGUUAUCAAAAAUUUGGGCACGUUUUUACGUGCCCAAAUACCAUGGGAAGAAGAUUCCCCUCCUAGUAUACUUUCAUGGAGGUGGUUUUUGUGUUGGCUCAGCUGCUUGGAGUUGCUACCAUGACUUUCUAGCAAAACUAGCAGCAGGAGCAAAUUGCAUUAUCAUGUCUGUAAAUUACAGUUUGGCCCCCGAAAAUCCUCUUCCUGCUGCUUAUGAAGAUGGAUUUAAAGCUCUUAUGUGGAUUAAACAACAAGCUCUAAGUGGGGUUACUGAUCAUCAAUGGUGGUCAAGCCACUGCAACUUCUGCAACAUCUUCCUCGCCGGCGACAGUGCCGGAGCCAGCAUAGCCUACAAUGUGGCCUUGAGGAUAGGCGACGCCGCGCCACCACUUUGA